GUGGUUUCAAAUAUUUUUGUUAUCUGUUUAUAAAUGUUCUCUUUAUUUAAUUUCUCAAUAAAAAAAGUGAAAAUAAACCUUUUUGUUUCAUAUAUUUAGUUUAUUUAAUGAAAAAAAGUAUGACCCCAAGGUUGUGUCAAUCAGUCUAUGUGGUGUCAGAAAUGGUGUAUAGAAUAUUGAUAUUUUUUAAGGUAUUGUAUCCAAGUUAGACAUUCUUACACAAAUAGACUGUAUACCAAAUACAUUGUUGGGAUGAUUUAAUUAUGGUAUUUCUAAGUCUAUUUUAUUGUUACCAAAACACAGAAUGUAUCCUAAAAAAAAAUCUCCAUGCUCAUCAUCUGAACUUAUUUACUUUACUUAGUUGAACUGGUGUAUAUACAGAAAUUGUUUGGAUAAGGCACUUUUGUGUAGACUCCACUGAUAGUGAAAAAGAGAUCAAAUUGUGACGGUAUACAACAGAUUUAGUUUGUAUCUUCUCCACAUGCAGUGAUAUCACUAUUAUAUGUUUGACAUACUAUGCCAUGACAAGUGAUAGUAGGAUGAAACAUGAACGUGAAUGAAGUGUAUUGUGUAUUCAAUAUAAGACUACUGCAUUCACGAAAGUUAGUUUGAAAGUUUAAGAGGUGUUUCUGUGCGUAAAGUCAAAAAGUAUCCAAACUGGCGUGCCACAUUUGAAGGGAAAGUGCUGGAAAUUGUUGGAAAACGAACUGAAUAUAUACAAAAAGACAAUAGUUAUCUGUUGGUUCGCAGAAGUCCAACCCUUUUCUUAUUGGAGUAAUUAUCUGAACCAAAAUCAAAGCAGUUCAAGUCGCUCACCCAGCGCUAGGUUGAACAUGAUCUCCUGCUCUUCCAAACCCUCCCCCCGGAGAAGAGUGUCUAGCGCUCAGAGAGCUCCACCAGCCGCACAACAGCUGCUCCAUGGAGACUCCUCAGAGGCGCACACUCCCAGCAGCUUGGACAGCCAGAUACAUCGCCAGCAGAAACCGGAGCGUUAUGGAGAAUAUCGGCUGGCUGAGACUGACGGAAAAGUCUUCAGGUGGCGCUCCAAAGGAAGAGUAUAAGAACAUCUGGAGCACCGGCUGCGGACAUGGCACUCAGGAUGCCCGGUUCCCGGAAGAUAUAUCUUUUGGACAUUGGUAAGGACAUUUUUAUAUGCCAAAGUGUCAACAGUAAUCUAUCAAACCGACUUUAUCGAUCACCUGUGGUCAGAAAAAACGUAUAUCCUGCUCUACUGCGACGCACAUACAUCAUGCAACCGGUCUGGAGUCCGGUUAAAGGGGUAUACAUUACCAUACAUUAUCUUGGAGUUUUAAACGUAUGAUUUCUUCUUUGAAAUCUAAAACAAAUGCACUGCAUCUAGGCAAUAAAAGUAAAUGUUAUAAUUCAAUUGCCGAUAAUACAUGAGCAUAUUAUCGUGAGGAAGUGCUGUGUUUAUACAAAAUCCUCAACCUUAUGUAGGAAUCUGGUCUAUACGCGUGCGUAAAUUGGUCAUUUGGAAACAUCGAGACAACCAAUCAACGAAAGCGCGCCCUGAACGCACCGCAGAGUCAGAUCAUAGUUUAUUAUAGGUGUCCUGUGCAGGCACAGUUGAUGAUGAUGUAAAUAGAGAAGCCUAUGCAGAGGGAAGCUUCCGUCUCUUUAUUUAACGCAUCUGUGAUCAGAGCUGCACAGAGACGCAUUCACGGUCACUCUGAACAUGCCGGGGCUGCUGCUCGGAGAUGCGUUUCCUAACUUCGAAGCGGAGACGACAAUUGGAAAUAUUAAACUCCAUGAAUUUCUCGGUGAUUCAUGGGGGGUCCUGUUCUCCCACCCCAGAGACUACACCCCGGUGUGCACCACAGAGCUGGGGCGCGCUGCCAGACUGAGCACUGAGUUCAGUAAACGCAACGUCAAAAUGAUCGCCCUGUCCAUCGACUGCCUGGAGGAUCACCACAGCUGGAGCAAGGACAUCCUGGCAUACAACUGUGAGGACUCGGCCUGCCGCUCGCUGCCCUUCCCCAUCAUAGCGGACAGUAAACGGGAGCUGGCAGUAGCUCUGGGCAUGCUGGACCCAGAUGAGAAGGAUAAAGAUGGCCUGCCGCUCACUGCACGCUGUGUGUUCGUCAUCGGCCCUGACAAAAGGCUGAAACUGUCCAUACUCUACCCGGCAACAACCGGACGCAACUUUGACGAGAUUUUGAGAGCAGUGGAUUCUCUCCAGGCCACAGCAGGGAAACGAGUGUCCACACCUGCAGACUGGAAGCCUGGAGACUGUGUGAUGGUUCCCGCCAGCAUGCCUGAGGAAGAGGCAGCCGCUUUGUUUCCAGCCGGUGUCUACACCAAAGACCUGCCCUCUGGGAAGAAGUACCUGCGCUACACCCCGCAGCAGUGAGCACGACGGAGACACACCCGACAGUCAACACUCAUUUAUGUCACAGUCAGUCCAGCAGCUCUCAAUCUGGGACUACAUUGAGUGCUGCUAGUCUGUGUAUGCGGUAGACAAAACGCCUUAAGAAAUGUGUAGGAUUCUUUUUUAAAUAAAGUGAUUUUGAAGUAUGUA